AUGUCUGCCAAAGUUUAUCUAACAGAUGAAGCAAAAAAUAAAAAAUAUGUACUUAACGGUAUUAAACGUUCAACUCGUCCUCCAAGUGAAGUCGAGUCAAAUAAAUCAAUUCCUAAAAAGCAACUCUCUGGAGUUGCUCCACUUCCAGCAAAAGUUGAUCUUCGAGAAAAUAUGACAGCCGUUGAAGAUCAAUCAACCAUUUCAAGCUGGCAUAAAAAGGAAUUAAUUUUUUUAAAAUUUUAUCAUUACUUUGUUUUAGGAGCUUAUGAAUAUUUAUUAAAAAAAACGACUGGUCGUCAUAUAGAUGUUAGUCGUUUAUUUAUGUAUUAUACUGCACGAGUUAAAGGUAAUAUCGACGGAGGACCAAUCGAAGAUGUUGGUUGUGUGAUGACUGAUGCUAUUGAAGCGUUAAGUGAAUUGGGUGUAUGUCUCGAAUCAGUCUGGCCAUAUGAUAUAACAAAAGUUGAUACACGUCCUAGUGAGCAAGCUUUUGCACAAGCAAAAGAUCAUCCGAUAAAACCAGCAGCUUCAGUUGACAUUGAUUUAAAAGCAAUGAAAAAUUGUCUUGCAGAUGGUUUUCCAUUUGCAUUUGGUUUAGAUUUGUUUGCUUCAUUUAAUAAAGCAUCAGAAGGAGGUGUUGUACCAAUGCCAGAUAAAAAUGAAAUGAGUCUAGAAAUACAUGGAAGUCAUGCAAUGUUAGCUGUUGGUUAUAAUGAUGAAUCACGAACAUUUACUGUUCGAAAUUCAUGGGGAGAAAAUUGGGGUGAUAAAGGGUAUUGUUAUAUGCCAUAUGAUUAUUUGACUAACCAAACUUAUUGUUUUGAUGUAUGGACAAUUCAUGAGUUGGUAAACACUAAUUUUGAAGAAGACAGUUGCUCUUCUGAAAAGAAUCAUAAUCCUAUUGACAAUGAUCAGAGUCACUCUUCUGAUAUUGAUCAUGAUUCUUAUCCUGUAAUUGAUCCGGUCGAGGGAGGUGAUGGUCUCAAUCAGGACCAUAUUGUCGAUCAAGAAACAUCGUGGGAUAAUAACAAUCAAGGAAAUGAUAAUUAUCUUUAUCCGGACACAUACCAAAAUGAACAAGGAAAUGAUUCUUCACAAAAUGUCGAUUAUACUAAAGUUCAAUAUCAAAAUGCUACGACAAUCGAUAGUAAAUUUUUUUUUUAA